AUGUCAACCGAACCCACUGAGAGCAAUGAAAACGCCUCCCCUGAGGAGGAGGUUACUCAGGGAGAUUGGAACAUUUCAAAAGUGGAAUUGAAACGGAUUGAUGUAAUGACAGGAGAAGAGGAAGAAGAGAUUCUGUGGAAACAACGGGCCAAACUUUAUCGCUGGUCCGCUUCAAAAACAGAAGGCGAACCUGGCGAAUGGAAGGAACGAGGAAUAGGAGAUGCCAAGCUACUAAAACACAAAGAAAGUGGCAAAAUUAGGUUCCUUCUGAGGCAAGAGAAAACGCUCAAAAUUGUUGCUAAUCACUAUGUUCUUGGUCGUGAUAAUUUUUGUAUCCUAACACCUAACGCUGGAAGCGAUAAAAUAUGGGUCUGGACUACACCCAACACUUCUGAUGAUCAGACUCAGAUUGAACAGUUGGCCCUUAAGUUUGGCCAAAUAUCUCAAGCCGAGGAGUUUAAGAAAGAAUUUGAAAAUGCACUCAAGAUAAACAAGGAAAUUUUCGCUAAGGACCCUCCUGAGGAGAAUGAUGGCAAGGAUAGCUCCAAGGCUAAGGAUGAUAAGGACAAAGAAAGCAAGUGA